AUGGAGGGACGGAGCCCAGGAAGCAGAGGCCCCUGGGAAAAGCCCGUCCCCGCGGCCGCCAGCCCCGCUCUGUCCUCGCUGGGCGCCGUCUUCAUCCUCCUGAAAUCCGCACUGGGGGCUGGCCUGCUCAACUUCCCCUGGGCCUUCCACAAGGCAGGUGGGGUGGCCCCCGCUUUCCUGAUGGAGCUGGUCUCCUUGGUCUUCCUGAUCAGCGGGCUGGUCAUCCUGGGCUAUGCUGCCUCUGUCAGCGGCCAGACCACCUACCAGGGCGUGGUUGGAGGGCUGUGUGGCCCCACUAUAGGGAAGCUGUGCGAGGCCUGCUUCCUGGUCAACCUGCUCAUGAUCUCCGUGGCCUUCCUCAGGGUGAUCGGGGACCAGCUGGAGAAGCUGUGUGACUUCCUCCUGUCCGGCGCCCCGCCCUCUCCGCAACCGUGGUACGUGGACCAGCGUUUCACCCUGACCCUGCUCUCGGUGCUGGUCAUCCUGCCGCUGUCUGCCCCUCGGGAGAUCGGGUUCCAGAAAUACACAAGCAUCCUAGGCACCCUGGCCGCAUGCUACCUGGCCCUGGUCAUCGUGGUGCAGUACUACCUCGGGCCCCAGGGCCUUGCUCGUGAGCCCCGCCCCGCACUGAGUCCUUCCUCUUGGACCUCUGUAUUUAGUGUCUUCCCCACCAUCUGCUUCGGAUUUCAGUGUCAUGAAGCUGCCGUCUCCAUCUACUGCAGCAUGCACAACCAGAGCCUCUCCCACUGGGCCCUGGUCUCCGUGCUGUCCUUGCUCGCCUGCUGCUUCGUCUACUCGCUGACAGGCGUUUAUGGCUUCCUGACCUUUGGGACAGAAGUUUCUGCCGAUAUCUUGAUGUCCUACCCAGGCAAUGACGUGGUCAUCAUCGUCGCCCGGGUCCUCUUUGCCGUCUCCAUCGUGACUGUCUACCCCAUCGUGCUCUUCCUGGGGAGGUCGGUGCUGCAGGAUUUCUGGACGAGGAGCUGCUGCCAGACGUGUGGGCCCAGGGCCCUGGCCGACCCCUCGGGGCCGUGGGUCCGGACGCCGCUGACCAUGCUGUGGGUCACCGUGACGCUCGCCAUGGCCCUGUUCCUGCCCGACCUCAGCGAGAUCAUCGGCAUCAUUGGCGGCAUCAGUUCCUUCUUCAUCUUCAUCUUCCCAGGUCUGUGCCUCAUCUGUGCCACCGGCGUCGAGCCCAUGGGACCACGAGUCAGGUGCUGCUUGGAGGUCUGGGGAGUGGUCUCCGUGCUCGUGGGCACCUUCAUCUUCGGGCAGAGCACGGUGGCGGCCGUCAUGGAGCUCGUCUGAGGGGCGGCCACGCCUGAGCAGGAGGGGGCCUCCACGGCCGCCGUGGUGCGGCUGCCCCUGUCCAGCUGUGGGACUGAUGUCAUUUUGUCAUAAAGAUG